AAACGGCCUAAUAACAAUAACUGUAGAAUAACUUUGUGAACGCAAAAGAAAAAGAGGAGAACAAAAAAUGGGGGGUGUGCUGUCUGCGGUGCUCGGCGGCGAUGCUGCAGCGGCCACGACGGAGGGAGGCUCGGCGGAGGACUCUCAUGUGAAAUCGUUCCAUUCCUCCCCUCGAUUUCAGCUCCAUUUCAACGAACUCAAAGAUUCCUCCAAGCUCGUUGUGAUAGAUUUCUCAGCUUCGUGGUGCGGACCAUGCAAGUUCAUUGAACCGCAUAUUCACGCCAUGGCCGAAAACUUCUCUGACGUCGAGUUCAUCAAGCUCGAUGUCGAUCAAUUACCUGAUGUAGCAAAGGAUUUUCAGGUUCAGGCGAUGCCGACAUUUGUGCUGGUGAAGCAAGGAAAGGAGAUUGAUAGGAUUGUUGGUGCAAAGAAGGACGAGCUUGAGAAGAAGGUUAAGCAGUACCGAGCCUAAUUUGGUCCUGCUUGAAUUCCUCAUUCUUCAGCUAUGUAUCGUACUAUGGUUCCCCUUUUCCAUGACUAAACUAAAAUCAUGAUGAUUAUGAUUAUUGAUUUGCCUCCAAAAAACAUAAAUGAUUGGGCCCUUGCUUGACAAAUAUACAUAGUUUAAUAUUGGUGUAUGCCUACAUAUCUUCUAUUUUCUUUUUUGGUUUUCCUUUCACUGCAAGUGUUUGAUGAAUUGAGUUGUGUGGCAUCCUUCAACUUAAUAAAUAUCGUAGUUUUAUGCCUU